AUGCAAGUUUAGUAAUCUUAUGCAGAGCGUAUUAUUGUCGGAACAAGUGUGAUAUGCAUGCCUUUGCUUUUCAUUGGAUAGAUAGUGCUUGGAAUUUAUCUUAUCAUAAACAUGAAUGAUCCCUAGAUGUAUCUAAUAGCUGGAACAGUUUUAGCCUGGUUAUAGUAUUCUCAAUGCAUAAUAUUUUUCAAAGAUCAUUACAAAAACUUUUUAAACUAGGUUUUCAAGAGCUGGAAUUCUUUACCUUAAGAGGAAAGAGGACCAAAACAAGAAAAGAUGUUAUAUGGUUUAUCUAUGAAUCCAUUCUAUCCUAUCUUCAAUAGAUUUUUUAAGUUUGCGAUACCAAUAAUAGUUGGAUGCUACAUUUUAUAUAUAAUCGUGUAUUCCUUUUAUUGGAAGAAAAACAUGGAGUAUUUCGAAGCAUUGAAUAAUACCGACCAUAUCUUAAUGAUUAUUUUCUUUACACUCUCUUGGUGUUUAUUGGCUUUCCCUUUAACAAGUCUUAUUAUUGGUGCUACAUUUAUUCUUACUAUAGGACUUCCCUUAGUCAUAUAUGAUUUAAUCAGAGGAUAAAAAGAUAGGCCUGCUUCUAAUAUUAACAUAAGAAAAAUAGUGUAAACCUUUGUAGGAGCAUAAAGAUAUAGAGCUGAUAAAGAUGUAAUAGAGAAGGUUGAUUCUUGUACUAUUUGCUUGAAUAUAUUUAAGGAAUUAGAAAUUAUUGUAAAUUUGAAGUGCCACUAGGCUCACGUUUUUCAUGAGAAAUGCUUGAAUCAAUGGACAGAGAAUAGACUUUAGUGUCCAAUGUGUAGAGAACAACUGCAUGUAAUAAAUAUAGUAGAUAACUUAGAUGAAAAGCCUAAAUAGAAUUAAGUGAGUCAUCGUGAGGAAAUAGUACAGCAAAAUCAAGUUUAAGUGUCAUAUCAUGAUAUUCCUUAAAUUGAAGCAAAUGUUGUGGAAUAAAUUGAAGAUAUAGUAACUAAUAGGUUGCAGCCAAACAACUUAGUACCUGGAAUGAAUCUUAUUUCUGAUAAUAAUGCUGUCAAUUAUCCACCUGCAUCUUUAGUAAUUCAACCUCAUCAAAUUAAUUCUGACGUCUCUAUUAAUAGACAGUAAGUUUAAAAUUUAGAAGAGUCCCAGUUUCCUGAAUUAAAAGACACUGAUUGA